AUGGCGGUUUUCAAACAAGGCCUCUCCAAUGGGACCUUUGGGUGUUUCGUGUUUCACAGUUCUAAACGUUUAUUGUAUGCAUUUUACGUAGGUUUCCAAUGGAGUGCCGCGUGUGUGGAAACCUGCCGAGUCGUGUCCCGACUGCCGUUAUCCAGACGAUGCAGGUUUCCAGUUUUGUCAACGAUGUGGAUUUCGCACGCCAGCCAUCCUUCCGUCUUCCGCUGAACGCGUCUCCCUGGAUAUGCCCGCGAUCGAUGCCCGGUUCCAUUCUCUCCGCGCCCACCACAAGAGCAAGCCCUACCAGCGUCAAAAAUCCAAACUUCAGCUUGAACUCGAACGGUUUAUGGCGUCCCUCCCGCAACCCAAGACCUUGUUAUCAGGGUCCCCCAGGAACUCGUCCGUUUCCUGAUCUGGAAGGAUAAUUCGGGGAAAACCAAAAUACACGUUAAUCAUUGUCCUGCUUUUGGUUCCCGUAGUACAACCAACAGUUGCUCCUGUCCUAGGUACACGCCUUGCGGCUGCCACUGUUGAGAAUUUCGUCGUGGAAAUGAAAUCUAACUUUGCCUACCUGGUCCCCUCCGGUGGAAAUCUGUCUGCUCUUGAACAGAGCAAUCCCAUCAGUCAUCCGGUCUUAAAAGAUUACUUGCGUUCCAUACGAGAGGAGCAAGCUCAAGCCCCCGUUUCCCCGAAGCAAGCCGCACCUUUGGCGUUCGGUGGCGUUCUGAGUAUUGGAGGACGAAACGCGUGUUAA